AUGGCCGACAGACUUGCGACUCCCAUUUUGGACAACAGCCGGUGUGGUGACCUAAGAUACCAUGCCGUACUCGACACUGCCCAAUACCCCGACUAUCCCCGUCGAACCCUUCCGCGUCGCCAUCCCACAGUCAGACGUCGACAAGACGUCGACGACCUCAAGACUCUCCUCCGGCUGUCGAGAAUCACCAAAGAGACUUUUGAGAGUACCGAAAGCAGCUGUAAAGACAACAACUUUGAGACUUCUACUGCGAGGACUGCAGAGUUGAGGGAUGCUUGGGUGAAAGAUGAUUGGCGCAAGCACGAAGAAUACAUCGAUUCUAACCCACAGUUCACGGCUGUCUCCAAGACUGAAGAUGACAAGCCUCUCAAGGUGCAUUUCGCAGCCCUCUUCUCCCAGAAGAAGGACGCUGUCCCGAUUAUCAUGAACCAUGGUUGGCCUGGAUGUUUCUUGGAAUCCUAUGCUACUGACAUGCACAGGUACCACAUCAUCGUCCCAUCUCUCCCUGGCUACGCCUUUUCAGACGCUCCUCCACUGGACCGUGACUUUAGCAUCGACGACGUCGCUUUCGUCUUUAACCGGCUCAUGGAAGGGCUCGGUUUUGGAACCGGGUAUGUAGCGCAAGGUGGAGAUAUUGGAAGUUUCGUUACGAACGCUUUGGCGGCAAAUCAUCCCGCUUGUAAAAUCAUCCACCUCAAUUUCCGAUUCUUCCCCGGUACCCCCACCAUUUCUGACAAGUCCUCCUCAGGAGCCGAGGCGACCCCUGCCCAAGAAACCCCAGCCGCCGAACCUCAAGACCCACUCCUCUCUCUCCAGAUGUGUGGCUAG